AUGUCGCCUAUAAUACCUUUCCUACAGCCUAUGACACCUUUUCUACAGCCUAUGCUACCUUUCCCACAGCCUAUGAUACCUAUCCCACAGCCUAUGAUACCUUUCCCACAGCCUAUAAUACCUUUCCUACAGCCUAUGACACCUUUCCUACAGCCUAUGCUACCUUUCCCACAACCUAUGAUACCUUUCUCACUACCUAUGAUACCUUUCCUACAGCCUACGAUACCUUUCCCACAGCCUAUGCUACCUUUCCCACAACCUAUGCUACCUUUCCCACAGCCUAUGAUACCUUUCCCACAGCCUAUGAUACCUUUCCCACAGCCUAUGAUACCUUUCCCACAGCCCAUGAUACCUUUUCCACAGCCUAUGAUACCUUUUCCCACAGCCUAUGAUACCUUUCCCACAGCCUAUGAAACCUUUCCUACAGCCCAUGCUAGCUUUAUUAUAUCCCAUUUUCGCUUGAAUAACGGCUUAUUAUUGUUUAAAAACAUAUCGGUUAUAUCAUAUUAA